AUGAAUCAACUGUCAAAGUUCAAAUACGAUAUCAUUGGUCUCUGCGAAACACGUGCCAAGGUUGAAAGUCGAACAAAAUGGAUUCAAACUGGUGAUGAACCUGUCAUUGGCGAAGGAAAUGGUCAACAACGUAUUGGAGGAGUUGGAUUCAUCAUCAACAGCCGCAUUGCCAGUCAUGUGAUAGAGGUCCAAAUCCAUUCACAUCGAACUGCAACGCUCAAGCUCGACAUAGGAAGAAAAACACUACUCCUGAUCGUCCAAAUAUAUACUCCUCACAAAGAACAUGGCAUAGAUGAAAUUGAAAAAUUUUACUCAGAAGUCGAGACACAUCUGGACCAACCUGCAUAUCAGAAUAUCGUUAUCGGCGACUUCAACGCCCAAUUAGGACCGAAAGACACCAAUCAACGAUACUUGGGCAAGUUCACGAGUGGCACAUGGGACAAAAUGAAACCGGAGAACUAUUAG